AUGGCCGCCGCCACGCCGUCGGAGCGCGGGAACCUGAUGCCGCCGCCGCCGCCCGUACUGCCGCCGACUGCGCCCCGUCCGCGCCGCCGCGGAAGGGAAGUCAGCUCCCGGUACAUCUCGACGCCCGUCCCUUCGACCCCGCGCCUCUCCGCCUCCUCCGCGGCCUCCUCCACGCGGUCGCGCUCCCCGACGCCGUCGCGGAGCUGGACGGCAGCGGGCAGCCACGCCCUUCGCCAACGAGAACCACCCGCCCCCGCCGCCGCCUCCCACGGGAACCGUCGGGCGCCGGCGGGCCGUCCAGUAGCUUUUCGAGGAGACGGGCGCCGGCAAUCCGCGCGCCUCUGUGGGCUCCAGCUCCUCCGCCGUUCCCGCAGCUACUCCGCGGCCACUCCCGCGCUCCACCAGCGGGCCGGCCGCGCGCACCGCGCCGAGAGGGUACCCGCGCCUUCCGACGCCCGCGCGUGCUGGCUCCUCCUGCCCUUCCUCCGCCGCGGUGGAAUCGGACGCCGCCUCGUGCUGCUCGUCGUCUGA